AUGUCGCUAUCUUACAACAUUGACAAAUUGCUUGAGAAGAGUGCCGGCGAAGACGACACAGUUGAAAAUACUGACACUGAAUCCUUCAAUCAGAGUUUUUCCGAAAAUGACGAAAACUCUGACGACGACAAAUCGAUCAGUCCACCGUAUAUACGGAAAUACGACAGACGUCAUAAAUCACGUGUUCCGGAGGACGUUCGUCUGCGCGUCAAUUGUAGAGAACGUCAAAGAAUGCAUGAUUUGAAUUCAGCUUUGGACAGUUUAAGACAGACUUUGCCAUAUUCGCAUGGACCUUCUGUAAAGAAAAUAUCAAAAAUGGCAACAUUAAUUCUUGCAAGGAAUUACAUAGUGAUGUUGAACAAAUCUCUUGAUGAAAUGAGAAAACUAGUAACAGAUAUAUCAAUGAAACAAACAUCACCGACGAACAUCCCCGUAGCACCGGUUCCAAGUGCCAUUUCUCCGGAAAGAAUAUCUCCUGCAUCAGUUUCAGUUUCAGCGCUUACACCAUUCAGUGCCGGUUUAACGGCAUCACAUCCGGUGUUGAGUAAUGACAUUCCAAAACAGCUUCCGACCUUUGCCCAACUGAAUUCGUUAUACGCACCGUACAAAGUUUCGGCAGUUCAGCAGACGACAAGCGCACAUGGACAUGUAUCUCCGCUCUGUCCGUGUAACUUUUGUCAAGUGUCACUCGCCUCCUUACCGAAACCAGACUGGAAAAAAUCCUGCUAA